AAAUGUUUUGUUUUAGGUUCAGUGAAAAGCUUCAUCUUAGUUAAGUGAACAGAGGGGCAAUGUCGUGCACAGCAACUUUCUUAUUAAGUGAUACUGAAAGUAGUGAAGAUGACAGUAGUCCACAUUUACGUACCCUCACAGACAUAAACGUAUCAGAAGAAAAGAAACUCAACGAAAAUAGUAAUAAUUCUUCAGUGUCACAUACCCAAUUAAUUUCAUGUUCUGAAAAUUGGCAGGAAAACCAUAGUAAUACAUUAGUACCAGAAACCCCGAGCCCGCUUUUAAUUAGCUAUAAAAGAAGAAAACAAGAACAGCAAGAGAUCAAAUCAAAAAGAACUUGUCUGAAUCACAAAGUAGAACCUGUAAGUAACCCUAUCAAAUCUACUGAUACAGCUAUGCAGGCAGAAGGACAAAAUCCAAUUGUAUUUCCAUUCAAAUGUUCCAGUUUUGAGAAAGGACCAAAAUCAAAAAAAAAAACGUGUUGUCCUUCGGCACUUUACCUCAGCUGGGUGAACAUCAUUUAGCUGAUAACGAUAAACUUCCUGAAACCACAGAUAAUACUGUAAUAUCUACAAGUAUACCUAUACGUGGAACACCGCCAUUCUGUAGAAGUGACAGUUGGUCUAAUGCACUUUCUUCUAAUUCCUCUUGUGCAUAUUCUAGUUCGUCUAGUAAUUCUUACUGCAUAGAUAGUCCUUUAAAAAAUACCUUACGACCAAAUGCUCAGAAUUUUCAUCAACAUUGUAAAUUUCCAAGAAGCAGUUGGCAAGAAAACACAUCUGUACCAUCUAGCACUUCACAUGAGAACAAUACCUGGAACUCUUGUAAUUACAGAAACUUUGGGUUUUUAUCAUCUUUCAACAGUGAAAAUUCUACUUGUGGUAGUAAAGUUGAUAAACAUUCAGUGAAUUCUUCUUCAGGAGCUGCAAAGUUAAAGAAAAAAUCAAAUUUUGUUUUUCAAUCUGGAAGGGUUUCAAAUAAAUCCAAUGACCAGAAAGAUCAGCCCGCUAGAAAUUUCACAAAUUGUCAUGAUGCUAAUUCUUCUGCAGUGAAAAAGUGUGAAAACUCUGUAAAUAAUCAUCAGUCCGGUGUGAAUGAUGGAGGUGCUUUUCAGCUCUGUGCAUCUGCAAUUUCUUCUUCGUGGAAUAAUUUUCAAAGCAAUAUUUUACGACCACUCAUGUCUCCUUUCAUGAAACAUCAGAAUGGGAAAAAAAAUUAUGAUAAUAAUGACAGUGAUGAAAUGUUAUUUAAUGUUCCAUCAUCACUAGAAAAUACCUCUUCAUUGUCAUCGCAGCAACAAAGUAUAUGUAGAUUGCCAUCUAUAAAACAGGAAUAUAGGGAAAACAAAGAACAUACUUGGAUAACACAAAACUUAGAUUCACAAACUAAUCAUGAAGAUACAGGAGAGAGCACUUCUUCAGGACUGUUAUUCUGUGAUACCAGUCAAAACAUAGAGUCUCAAGAUAGGAAUAACAUGACAGGUGUUGAAGAAACACCUAGACCAUGGAUCUCUACAAAUAGUCUUAGGAGGAACUUUCAAGUAACACCUUCAGUAAGAGAGAGAGAACAGAGAGUUCUUCCACCAAACCAUUCCGCAAGACCUAGUAGAAAAUUCCAGAAGUUUUCUGCAGUGCCUGGACAGCAGUAUUUUCCUAAUAAUGUGAGACAAAGAGAGGAAACAUUUAAUUUUUGUAGAGCCAAUGAAAAUGCUUCUAACAACAGUAAUGGAGUUAGUAUACCUGUAAAACAACCACGUAGAUUACAUUCAUUUAGUAGGCUACAGUAUGGCAAUAAUAGAUCAAGAGAAACACUCAACAGAAGUCAAAGUUCUAGGCUCACAGGUCAGAGAGCUACAUUUAAUGUGCACCAGGAAAUGUCAGUAGAUGAGAGUCAACCCGGAUCUUCAACAUCUGUCCAUCAACAAAUCCCAGAAAUGUCACAACUAACUAGCCUUAAUCCUGAUUUAUGUGAUGCAGAAUCAGAAAGUGAAGAAGAAGAAUUUUUUACUCCUGUUUCUUCCAACUCACAAUCUGAAAGUGAAGGUAGAGGAGAUGUAUCAGAUCAAAUGAAUAUUUCAGUGGUUGUACAAGUAUCUCCAGUAGAAACAGCCAGAGUUUCUGUUCAGUCAGGAACUGAUGGAAACGUUCAAACAGAGGACCAAAGUAGUGAUGAAGAUAUUAUAGUCAUAUCUAAUGACAGUCCUAGUUUUGAUGGAAGAAAUUUUUCUGCCAACCUUCGGGUUGGUUACGAUUGGCGUUCUGUCGAUAGUGAUACAACUAGUACACCAAGUAACAGUGACAUAACACCACCUAGUGAGGACCAAGAACAAGAAGUUUUUGUUGUUUCCCCUGAUCCCGUAGCCCAGGUCAGUCAGAUGGAGGAAGAUGAGCACUUGGCUCGAAUGCUUCAGGCCCAGUUUGAUGCUGAACAGGGUGCUGAUGUUGCUGGUGGUGGUGAUGGUGAUACGUCAGACUCAUUGAGCAUUGUUGAUAGUGACCAUGAGAGAGGUAGACCAAUGUGGGACCAUGGAGAUAUGUUAGCAACAACCUCUACAUCCAGUGAAGGUUCCAUUUCAUCACUACCCCACCCAAGAAGGGGCUCAACCAGACGAAGAUUCUUCACUAGAUCAACCCAUGAAGCAAUUCGAGGUAGAGCUCGAAGGUCAUCAAGAUCUAGUAUUCGGGUGUCAAGAGGGCAUAAUAAUCGUUGGAUUUCUCCACGGAGAGUUGCAGAUAGAUUCCACCACCAUCACUUUCCAGUUUUCCAUACAGAGAUGAUUAUGGGGCUCAGAAGUGGACUUAAUGAGGGUAAUGAUUAUGAGGAAUUAUGGAACUUAACAGAGGCAAUAGGUGAGGCAACCACCAGAGGGCUAUCAAGAGCAGAAAUCAACCGUCUCCCAACUCGAACCUUCAGCCAGACAACUAUAUCUGGAAGUGAUAGUAUCUCAGCUGGUUGUAGUAGCAUCAGCAGACUAAGAGAUAGUUCAUUAAACCACGAGAAAGAGUGCCGGGUGUGCCUUAGUUCCUAUGAAACUGGAGAAGUCUUGAGGAUACUGCCCUGUUUUCAUGAAUACCAUGCAAGUUGUAUCGAUAAAUGGCUCAAGAGCAAUCGAAGUUGUCCAACAUGCAGAGUUGAAGUUUUGUUUGAACAAUAGGUCUGAUUAAGUAUCGACAACGGUUGUUAUACAAAGCAGAUAAAACUUCAUUCUGGAUUUUUUUUUCUUCUCUGUAUGGUGAGGUAUAUAAAUUGAUUCUUUGUGUUAAGGUUUAUUGUCUGUGUUAACUCAACAAUUUGUAGAAAGAUAACAUUUUCUUUUAUUGUAAUGUCUGCUAAUACUUGUGUUUUU